AUGGCGGCGCAUACAUCUGCAGCCGACCAGAUCCCCGUGUGCUCGGUGAACGCUGGUCCCAGGAGCCCCGAGUGGAAAGAGCGGCUGAAGGAGGAAUACAUGGCGCUGAUUGCCUACAUCUCCCAGAGCAAAAGCAGCGACAGGGAGUGGUUCAAAAUCGAAUCAAAUCCCGAGGGGACAGAGUGGAAAGGCCGCUGCUGGUACAUCCACGAAAUGGUCAAGUACGAGUUUCAGCUUCUCUUCGAUAUCCCACCGACGUAUCCGCUGACGCCCAUUGAGCUGCGACUCCCCGAGCUGGACGGGAAAACCAGCAAAAUGUACAGGGGCGGACGAAUCUGCUUGGAUGUCCAUUUCGCGCCUCUCUGGCAGAAAAACGCGCCGAAAUACGGCAUCGCGCAUGCCCUCGCUUUGGGGAGAGGUUUGUGCAUGGCCCGAAACCCUGAACGUCGCCGGUCGCCGUUGUGGGUGUCUUCCCAACCAUCUUCCCCCGUUUUGUGA